AUGAGCUCUAAUGCUCGGCGUGCAGAGACACUCCGCUAUUGCAGCUCACUUGCAGAGCCGUCCUGGAUGAUUCUUCUUGUCCGCUUGGAUCGACGUAACCUCUAUGCGUUGCUCACGCUUGCCGAUUUCGGGUGGACUGGAAUUCACGCGGCGAUAAUGUCGGACAAACUCAUGACGGUGCCCGCCACCUGCCCACGACGCUCCAGAUAUCUUGGGGGAACCAGGAUUCAUACGGACCGUCGUCAGCCCGUGCUGACAGAACCAGCAAGCGACAAGAACCAAAACAAACGGUGGCCCGAGGGACUGGAGCCUGGCGGUCGGUGGGGCACGGUUACCUCUCGCUGUGUUCGUCUUUCAACGGACCGAUCGAAAUAA